UUGUUUAUGUAUGUUUGACUAUCGAGGAGGCUGAGUCGUGGUUUGCGUGCUUAGCUGUCAUGAUUCAGAUGAGGAAGGAAGGUUGUGUCAGUUUCCGUGUUAACGUGAGAGAGAAAUUGUGAACUGUGAAAAAGUGCAGAUAAGCUCUCCAAUCUAAUGUUCCAUAAACACAACGAUGCUAAAGUUUGGCAGCAAAAGUGACAUUAAUGUUAGUUAUAAAUGCACUGUGAGAUUAUUGGAAGAUACGGAAGUUGUAGAAUGCGAGUUUCAGAACAGUGACAAGGGGAAGCAGCUCCUGGAGCACGUGUGUCAGCAGUUGAACCUCAUCGAGAAGGACUACUUUGGCCUGCGCUAUGUCGACCAUACGAGACAGAGGCACUGGCUGGACCCUGCCAAGGCAAUUGUCAAACAAGUUAAAGACAUGGACCCUAUCCUCUUCAGCUUUCGGGUCAAGUUCUACCCACCCGACCCAUUCCGGCUCAAGGAGGAGAUCACACGCUACCAGAUCUAUCUGCAGCUAAAACGGGACUUGCUUCACGGCCGGCUCUAUUGCACGCCGGCAGAAGCGGCACUUCUGGCAGCUUACAUUAUCCAGUCCGAACUGGGUGACUAUGACCCUGAGGAGCAUGAGGAAAACUAUGUGUCUGAGUUCAAUCUGCUCCUGAAGCAGACCCCAGAGAUUGAGGAGAAGAUAAUGGACAUUCAUCAGACACAGCUCAAGGGACAGACUCCUGCACAAGUCGAGAACAACUUCCUGCGCAAGGCCUGCCAACUAGAUACAUAUGGGGUUGAUCCGCAUCCCGUGAAGGACCACAGGGGCAAUCAGCUCUACCUUGGCAUCAACCACUGUGGCAUCCUGACCUUCCAGGGCUCCCGCAAGACCCACCACUUCCGCUGGGUGGAGGUGCAGAAGAUCAACUACGAGGGCAAGAUGUUCAUUGUGCACCUCACAUUCAACGAGAAGAAGCACACUGUCGGGUUCAAGUGUCCCACGGGGGCAGCGUGUCGGCAUGUCUGGCGCUGUGCCGUUGAACAGAUGUUGUUUUUUACGUUACCUUCAAGUUCAGAGGUUCCGUCAGUUGUGACAGGCGGCAGCUUCUUCUCAUGGGGCACAAAGUUUAGGUACUCAGGUCGUGUGGAGCGUGAGAUCUUGGAAGACAUUGGUCCACUUCGAAAGGAAGAACCAUCUAUUAACCGUAGCUUACGGUCAUCGAGUCUCCGGCACAAGGCUUCGUCUGUACCUGCCACCCCCUCUACCCCUAUUGGAUCCGAUCUGGGUGAGAUUAGAUAUGGGAGCUUGCCACGCGCAAACCAUUCGGCACCGCUGUCAGACUCACGACUGGAUGGUGGGGGUAUGCUGGUGGAGGCAUCGCUGUCGUCUCCGUACUGCCCUGAUAACACGUUGCCUCUCCUUGAGACGGUGAGCGAGGACCAGGAGAUGUGCAACAAGCAUCGUGCUCCUCUUCUCGCCAGCCAAGCAGGGGAAGUCAUCGAAGAUUUUCUAAGACAUGAACGUGGCGAACAUGAUGUAACUGCAACCCCCAGCGAACCAAUUAUUCAGACAGAGACUGUUCUGACACAUCGCUUGGUGAAUGGUGGAGGUGGCAAAGAAGCAGAUGGUGGCCACACCCAUGCCUUUGAUGACUACUACUUCCGGGACUCGUUCGAGCACUCAUCAUCUGAAUCGCAGCUGGUGGAGGUUUCUGGUGGCCUGGGGCCAAAGAUGAGCACACAGCCAGUUCCCAGACCAAGCCCCAGCAUAAAGCCUGCACCACUGCCGGCACCUUCAGCAGAGGCACCAACGACCACCACUACCACCACCACCACCACCACCACCACGACUCCACGUCGGUUCAACCUCCUGCAGGUGUUUGUGCCAUCAUUCCUGUGUGUGGUGCUGUCUCUGGCACUUGCCACAGUGCUAGUGCUGGAGUCAGACUGUGAGGUUCUUGGCACCGUGCGCCGGUGGCCUGAGAUGGUGGUGCUACGACGUGACUACUAUGAACCAGUGAAGGAAUUUCUUCGUCAGAAACUGGCCAAGCUGCUGUCUUAAAUGUUCAGAAUAUGCACUGGGUACUGAAAUGUGCCACUUCUCCAUAAAUGCACAACUUGAUUGUCAUCAUCAUCAUUAUCAUCUGUUAACAUUUCUGUUGGGUUGUGUCAUCACAGGAUUCUCUUCUGUCCUCCUCAUGUAAGCACCCUUGUGUCUAGUUGCUGUUUCCCCACUCUCGUAUUCAGAGGUUUGGUUUUUAUAGUUGCUUAAUGAUGAUGUCAGUACGAAGGCCAUAUAACAUGGACAAGCAGUUGGCAGCUGCUCACUUUGUCUCUCUGCCAGGUAACUGAUUAUUCUGAUUGGGGCGUUUCAUGGUUUUCCUCCAGGCAGAUGACAGGAUAGUGCCUUGAUUAGGCCAUGACUGCAUCCUUCCAGAUCCUUUCCAAUUCGUUGUUCACCAACCAUCCUAACAUUCAGAACUAUAUGGACGGACAUGCUGACAGCAUCUUAAAGUAAAAAAUCACCAUGCUCUGUUUGAUGUAUGUCCCUCACACAGUCUGUUUUUCAUAACCAAUGAUCACUUAUUUGCCAUAACCUUCUUUAAGCUGUCAGAAUAAUCCUGUGCCCAUACCAUUAUAUUAUAGAUGUGAUCUCUUCAAUCAGAACUUCCAGAACGUGUCAUCAUAAGCUGGUGUUGGAACACAGCAUUUCAUCAUCAGAAAGUCAGUAGGUUCUCCAGACAACGAAUUUAAGUUAACAUGAGUCAUGUGCUGUGUUUCUCUAUCAGCUCUGACCUUCUUAAUAAAUUUGCAGUAGGAUAACAUAGGAUUUGGGCUUCCCAUGGCAGUGAGAUGGUGUACAGUGUUGUAAAUAGUUACCAUUGCCUUGGAGGAAUCUGUCCCUUCUAUCUUCAUGGUAGAAGAGGGUUCUAAGUUGGCGGUAACAGGGGCCUCCAGAACGUUGUACCUGUUUACUGCACUAUGUAGUGUUGUAUCCUGGAAGGGACGACUUCAGAAUAUCAGAACUUUUUGCAAGUUCAUGUCAGUGGAUGUGCUGAACUGAGAUACCAGAAGACGACUGUCCUACAGGGUGUGACGCUGUAUAAUCUGGUAAAAGCUUGCUGACAUUUCAGAGGAACAUACUGCCUCUAUCUUUGGGGUGAAAGUUUAAGUCAAAUAAACAAGCAGCAGGAGAGUUUUGCUUGGGGCUUGCAUUACUUGUUAACUCCAGUGUGGCGGCAGUGGGUUAGUCAGAAACAUGAGGGAACUUUAUUACAUUGUACUCAUAUUCACUGCCAUGAAAAUCUGAAAUAUAUAAGUUUUGUUCCCUGAUCAGUGACUGUUAACAGGUUUGCUUACAAGAGUUAUUUUUUGUAAGGCAACAUAAUGAUAUUACAGGUAUAGUAAAUAUAUUAUUUUUAUGUGGAUUGGUAAUAUUGUUUCAUACCAGUUUUACCAUAUAACUGUAGUCAUACUGUUGACUGAAUUAAGCACCUGCAGAUUUUCUUCUGUAAAGUUGUCUGUCCUGUGUAUGAUAUAAUCUGUAUAUGACAUAAUGUUCUUGAAGUUCUGGUGUAAGGUUGCAUCUGUAGUGGUUGUCAGGACUGUUGGACCGACAGUCUUCAUAUGCCUCAGUCAGACAGAAAUCAUAUCAGAAGGUGUCCUCGAAUUGUGCAAGUAACCCGAGUGCAUGGCAGAUAUCAGCCGUGGGCUGUUCUAGUUAAUCGCCACAACUGCUCCCUUCCAGAUGUAGAAAUCGUAAUCCUCCAUCAUCUCUUCGUUAGCAUCAUGUCAAGAUUUAAAAGUGCAAAAAUGUAAUUCAUGUUCAUCAACACAUCUUACACUGUGCCCAUGUGAACCAUUUUGAGUGUAUAAUCAAAAUGGGAUUGAAAACGUUGAGAUCUGAUGCAUGUUUCUACAGCGUGAUGCCCCAAUCUGUGGCCGAGCUAUCUUCAGGUUUUUAAACUGUAUAUCAAGACCUCAAGUGCCUGGCCAGUUAAAACUCCUGCAGUUCAGUGUUGCUACUUGUUACCGCAAUGCUAUUAUCAGUUUUACUUGUCAGAUACAAUGCCGUGGUAUUUCCCGUGUCUUGUGUGUUUGUGAAUCUCAUGUGAGUUGUAUCCUACAUUUCUUUGAAAUGAUUUGGCCAAACCGUGCUUUCAGGAGAUCAGUUACGUUGAUUGUGUUACUUGAGGUUGGAGCAGCACACAGGCAAGCCUGCACAAAUGUCUCACAAAUGUAGGAGCGAGAAUGACAAACAGAAUAUAUAUGGCUCACGUUUCUCACGAAAAGGGCAAUUGAAAUCUCUGUGUACAAAUACUUGCGCUUGGCGGAAACUCAGCAUGCUGUUGCUAAGAAAUGAGCAAACUGUAAACUUUUGUCCACAUUCGCCAGGACAUAGAGAGGUAAGUGACAAUAUGAUGUACACGUGAAAGAGAUGAGAGAAGAAUCCUGUGGAAAGGAGGGAAUUAGGUAGUAGUAUAAAAGUGACAGAAGCACAGAAGAACUUGGAGGAGGGGGAUGUUUUAGUGUGAAGCAGAAGGAAGAUGAGAGAGAAGAGAAAUUACAGUAGAUGGACAAAUAAAUAGAAUGGGAAAGCACUAGGGGAGAAUGGAGAUACAGGUACAACAAGAAGUUCUGGGAAGAACUAAUCACCUGGUAUCCUUGAUUCGACAUGGACCACAUAGAAAACGACACAUCCAAUGAUUCUUCUGUUGUUGGAUGUGUAUGUGUUGCUAUGGUGACGGUUUUGGCCACCAAUUUUCCUGGCAAUGAUAGGGGGAUUCUUACCGAGCCAUUACUGAAACACGAUAGGGGGAUACACAGGUUGAUGGGUGGGAUUUAUGAAGUACACCACUGAGAUGGGCUCAGGUGCCAUGAUAUA